UCCGGUGAAUGACAUGGACCGGAAUGAGCUCUCUCCCGGUUCGGGUGUUGCCAUGGCGAAGAAAGCGGCCCAUAAGAGCGCGCCGGCGCACCACUGCACCAAGGGUUGCCUUGAGUCCAACUCGGAUGCGGCGGGAUCGAACCCGAAACCCAAUCACGUCGCCACGGAGGAGACCGACGACGCAGAAGAGGAAUCCAAGUUUCAGCAUCCUCGCCUGAGGAGAGCAGGAGGAGGAGGGAGCAGCGUCCAGAUUAAGAGCUGCACACCGGGAGGAGGAGCGUCCAGGAGCUCCACUUCCACCGACGCGCGCCUGAGUGAUGCUGAAGCUGCUCCUGUUCCUGCGGGUCGCCACGACACAGUUAAGGGCGGAGGAGAAGAACGCAAGGCAUCUACUGUAGUGACCACUGUGACGGUAGAGGCUUGUAAUGCUGGCGAAGGCGACGGCAAUCCCUCAGCACCGCUUUCCAGCAUGAAAUGCAACAACAACGGGGAAUGCAGGCGGGACUCCGGCACCGGGAGCCUCCGGUCCAUCAUGUCCAAACCCGACGGGAGCAAGCGGACGGCGCGCAAUUCAACGGCCAGCGUGGACGCGGCCAGCACGCAGAGUCAGGACGCCUCGAACCCCGGCGUCCAGGAGAAGAAGGAUUCCAAAGUGUCAUUUUCCAACGCCCCCAGCAGGAAAGCCUCGUCCUCCGUCCACGGCGCGCAGCAGCAGCCCCGCAACUCGGUGACAUUCCUCAAAUCCGAGGAUGGAGCGCAGGAGGACGGCGAGACGCGGGGCAGCCAGGCGAGCUUCAUGCAGCGGCAGUUCAGCAGCAUGUUGCAGCCCGGGGUCAAUAAAUUCUCCCUGCGCAUGUACGGGAGCCAUAAAGGGGUGGAGAAGGAGCAGGAGCGCGUGAAAUCGGCCGGCAACUGGAUCAUUCACCCCUACAGCGACUUCAGGUUCUACUGGGAUUUCACCAUGCUUCUCUUUAUGGUGGGCAACCUGAUCAUUAUUCCCGUCGGCAUCACCUUCUUCAAAGAAGAGACGACCACGCCGUGGAUCCUCUUCAACGUGGUCUCCGACACUUUCUUCCUCAUGGACCUGGUGCUCAACUUCCGCACGGGCAUCAUUAUUGAGGACAAUUCUGACAUCAUCCUGGACCCCAAGUCCAUCAAGAAGAAGUACCUGAAGACCUGGUUUAUUGUGGACUUUGUCUCAUCCAUUCCGGUGGAUUAUAUCUUCCUGAUCGUGGAGCAGGGCAUAGACUCGGAGGUGUAUAAGACGGCUCGAGCGCUGAGGAUUGUGCGUUUCACUAAAAUCCUGAGCUUGCUGAGGCUGCUGCGUCUCUCCCGGCUUAUCCGCUACAUUCACCAGUGGGAAGAGAUCUUCCACAUGACGUAUGACCUGGCGAGCGCAGUGAUGCGGAUUAUUAACCUGAUAGCGAUGAUGCUGCUGCUGUGUCACUGGGACGGGUGCCUGCAGUUUCUGGUGCCCAUGCUGCAAGACUUCCCCUCCGACUGCUGGGUUUCCCUCAACAAGAUGGUGAACGACACGUGGAGUGAGCUGUACUCGUUCGCCGUGUUUAAAGCCAUGAGUCACAUGUUGUGCAUAGGUUACGGUCGUCAAGCUCCGGAGAGUCUCUCUGAUAUCUGGCUGACGAUGCUCAGCAUGAUCGUGGGUGCCACCUGCUACGCCGUCUUCAUCGGACACGCCACGGCCCUCAUCCAAUCACUGGACUCCUCACGACGCCAGUACCAGGAGAAGUACAAGCAAGUGGAGCAGUACAUGUCCUUCCACAAACUCCCAGCAGAUUUCCGACAGAAAAUCCACGAUUACUAUGAGCACCGUUACCAGGGCAAGAUGUUUGAUGAAGAAAGCAUCCUAGAGGAGCUGAACGAUCCGCUCAGAGAGGAAAUCGUGAACUUCAAUUGUCGUAAGCUGGUGGCCUCCAUGCCCCUGUUCGCCAACGCCGAGCCCAACUUUGUGACCGCCAUGCUGACGAAGCUCCGUUUCGAGGUCUUCCAACCAGGCGACUACAUCGUCCGUGAGGGCACCAUCGGCAAGAAGAUGUACUUCAUCCAGCACGGCGUGGUGAACGUGAUCACCAAAGGAACGGUGGGCUUGAAGCUCUCCGACGGCUCCUACUUCGGAGAGAUCUGUCUGCUGACGCGGGGCCGUCGUACGGCGAGUGUGCGAGCGGAUACCUACUGUCGCCUGUAUUCGCUCUCCGUGGAUAAUUUUAAUGAGGUUUUGGAGGAGUAUCCCAUGAUGAGGAGGGCUUUUGAGACUGUAGCCAUUGACCGACUGGACCGGUUGGGAAAAAAGAAUUCCAUCCUUAUGAACAAAGUGCAGCACGACUUAAACUCCGGCAUCUUAAACAACCACGAGAAUGAGAUGAUCCAAGAGAUUGUGAAGUAUGACCGCGAGAUGGUGAAGCUGAUCGACCAUCAGCGUCCGCGCGCCAUGUCCAUGACGCCCUCCAUCCCCGGCGGGUUCUUUGCUCCGCCCGGCCAGUCGCAGGCCAGCAGCUCUGCUAUCGCUUCUCUACAGCAGGCGGUGGCCAUGAGCUUCUGUCCCCAGUUCGGUCCGAUGGUGGGUCCCAGCACCAUGCAGUCGCCGCGAAUGGUCCGACGGUUCCAGGUAUUGCAAAACAUUGCUAGUCCGGUGACGGUUUCUCCUCAGCAGUCUCAGCUGGGGCUUGGUGUGCUCGCCGGUGUCGCUAUGGCCAGUCCGCCGGUUCAAAGCCCGCUAGCGGCGGCGGGUGGACGAACUUUCCAGUACGGGAGCGGCCCGAUGGGCGCACGCUCUGGAUCUCAGCUGUCACUCAUCCAACAGCACAUCCCCAGUCACACAGGGCCCAAAGCUACCCAACCCCUGCAACAAAUAGGCAACCUGACCCAAGACGCCAGAGCCCUGUCGGCUUCCCAACUCUCCCUGCCACAAGAGGGCGCACCACCUGUUGCUCCCAGCCCACCACCGUCGACCCACGUCUCCUCGACUUCGAUCGGCCCACCUCAAGCACCCCAUCCUGCCAUCCCAGGGCCUUCUGGAGUCCGGAGCGCAGUUCCUCAGAGAAUGGCGCUGCCUCACCAGGCGUCCACCGGCGCGGUUGGGAGUUACCCGUCUACACCGCCCCCUACAGGCACUCCACCCGCAGUAGCGGGACCGGACUCCGUUAUACGCAAGAAAGAUUCAAUAGUCAGCCUUCCUGAGUCGGACUUCACCGCUAGAUCCCGGCUAUCGUCCAACCUCUGACGAGAACUAUGAGACUAUUUGUGGAACUUUUUGUGAGUCACAGUUUGUUCUUUUUGCUCGAGUCACACGCUCGUAGGGUGGCUUUUCAUAGGAACCAAAGGGAGGGCGUUCAGACAGACUUAAGGUUUGGUCACAUUUACCGAAAUUUUGCAGGCGAAAUCGUUCCAAUAGGAAUCCGUACGAUCUGGAGUUUCGCACACAGUUGGUUUUUAAAAAUCACUGCGUUGACCAGUUGACGCUGCAUGUUUUAAGAGUUCUGUGCUUUAUACAUCACUCCGCUGUUGACGAAUUUCGCUGAAACAUCACUAAUGUGACCUCACCUUUACUGCUACUAGAUUUAACGUCUCGGCUGCGAAUAGAUUCACGAGGACAGAUGCCUCGCUAGUGUAGCUAGUGCCGCCCCUGUACAGCUUCGGAUGCCUCUUAAUAUAUUUGUCUUUGCCGUCUCGAGUGAAAGGGAGAAAUCCUGUCGUGUGUUACUGUGGUGUUUUCCGUAGAGUUCAUACAAUGCAAUCGAGCGACUAAAAAAAAAUCAGGGACUUGCAAGAGAUGACAAUGAAGAAAUUUGACGCUUCGCGGAAGUGUUUUGGGACGUCUCCAUUCUUUCUGUAUAAGCUCUACUUGUAGCACUCUAAUAACUUGUCUUUCACUUUGUUGUAAAAUAUCUAGAAAAAAAACAACAACUAAAAAGAAUUAUGGACCGCUGGUCGAUCUUAUAUCUUAAUGUAAAUAAAAAAGGUAAAUAAGGGAAAAAAAUAUGUUCUAAUAGAAAACACACACAUUGUAUUUACUCGAAAACCAAAGUUGAGCUUGAACACAAGUUUUGGUUGUGUCUGUGUCAACUGAGAAAAACAAGUCAAAGGAAAACGUCCUCUAUUUAACUGCCUUGAUUCCAAGUUUAGAAGCCAUAUACAUGGUCUGUGUGCGCGUGUGUGUGUAUUUGUGCACAUUUGCUUAUUAUUCGUUUAAUUUAUAAAACUGUUUGAUCAAACGGGAGUGUAAUGCUUGCAUUUUACGUGUUGAUAAAGGCAAUACUUCACUGCAUAGGGAUUGCACUGAAAGUCGAGACUUGAAUGCAAUGGGUCAUUUAAAUUAGCAGUCAAACCAAAAUAAACAUGCUGUUUUUUUGUGAUCCAUGCUGAUCUGCACAUGCAAUAUAAUUCUGCAAUAUUCUUGCCCUGCCUUUUAUAUGAAAGCUUCAUAUCGCAGCAUAAGCAAUUUAAUCAGUGUUAUUCAGAGAAUAUCCGAAAGCUCAUCUGGAUAAGGUUGUGCAGCUUUUGCAAUGUGUUAAGAAAUUUGUCCUCGUUUUCUAAAGUUACAUGUAUUCUUUGUCACUUUAUGUUUGGGGGUCUACGGCAGUAGCACGUUUCGUUGAUGGAAACAGGUUUUGUAAUGUGUUAUUGAUUUUUAUUUUAUUGUUGGGAAGUACUAAAGUCACAAUAAAUAGAAAAAUUCAUGAAUUUUGAAAAAGGUCAAAGAUCAGAGAGGUAGGUUAUUUCAGUGCAGACCUUAAAAAAUUGUAAUAUUUGAUAAAGAAAAUGUAUAUGAUAUAAAAAUAAAAAAGACAAUAUUAGCUAUAUAAUGUAAUAUUAUUGUAAAAAUAUAAUAUCUUCUAUAUAUAUAUCUAUUUAUUUAUUCUAUAUUUUACAGUAAAACAGUGACAUUUUUAUAACAUUGCCCGUUGUGUUAAAAAUAGAUCCUGAUUUGCACAAAUUACUGAGUAUCUAAACAUGCUGCAUAUUAAUGGCCUGUAAACGUAAUACAAAGUUUGUGCGUGGGCUCAGUUUGCAGGCCUGUGAGCGUUGGCUGAAUCGCUGAUUUGUUGAUUGCUUGUGAACAGAUGUAAACUAUUGGGUUGAUUUACGAACUUGUCUCUUUACAAGAAUGUAGUUGUUUGUUUAAUUGUCAACUGCUGCAGAUUUUUCUCACUUGAACUUUGAAAAAUGUAAAUAUGAUGCUGUUAAUUAUUUUAUGUGCAAAACCAGGCAGUAACAUAGGAAAAAUGAUUUUAGAAAAACAAAAACGAGACUGGUGCAUAAUGGGUUUUGAAUGUAUGCCAAGUGGCAUUAUUGAUGUUACCUGAAUAUUAACAACUGCCAUGUAAAUAGAUCAGUAAUAAUUCAUGCAAAAUGGAAACUGUGUAUUUGCCGAUUAUUUGUAGCGAUCACGUCCUAAGUAUUUUAAUCAGAUACAUCUAGAAUGCUUUUAUUUUUCUAAGUCUUGUUUCUCUAACGGUGAUCCAUCUGUCGAUUAUAUUAAGACAAAGCACAUUGUGUCCCAUUAGCGCCCUUUAUAGGACAGGUAUCGUCACAUUCUCUGGUUGCGUCGGAUGAUUUUGUGAUUGUGGGAGUUGUGGGAGUUGUGCGAUUGAAACAGGCAGCUUAAUCAAUUAAAACAAAAACAAACAAAC